AUGUGAUUCAUCGAACGUACGCAUUUCGAAUAAAACUUUCCGGGAGCUAUAUAAACCGAGGGAACAUUCGAUUUUUCUUUAGUACAUUCUGAUCUUAAUUCAGACCAACGAAAGCGUAUAUUCAUUCGUUCAAUUAAGCCUUCGUCGAGGAAUCGGUCAUCAAAUUCUUUGUAACAAUGAUCUCUGCAAUUCUGGUUUUGAGCCUUCUAGGCGUAUCCGUGCCCGCUGCAACUUCACAACCAUUAUCAUCAGUUUGUCCAGUAGCGAUGGAUACUGCUCCGAAUUUUGACGUACACCAGUAUACUGGAGUUUGGUACGAAUAUGCAAGAUUUUUCGACCCAGCGCAGACAGGUGUCAAAUGCGUUACCUCCCAAUACAUCUUUAACGAAAACGGCACCGUAACCGUGUGGAAUCGUGGUUUCGAUGCUUCAACGAAAGUACCGAAAAGUAUGAAUGCAAUUGGUAGGAUUCCCGACUCGUCCGAUGCGUCCAAAUUCAAAAUCAAAUUUCCUUAUUAUCCACACAUGCCGGAGGCAAACUACUGGAUUUUGGGAACUGACUUCGAUAACUACAGCGUUGUUUUUGUAUGCAAACAACUCAAAAACUCGACCCGAGUUAGAUCAUGGAUCUUGACCAGGGACCGAAAACCUUCACAGGAGGUCAUAAACGCGGCUAAAAGCGUUGCCAAAUCCCACAUGCUCGACACUGAUCUCUAUUUAACAACUGAUCAAACAGGAUGUGAAUAACGAGUCCCAUCUCUUCACAGAAAAUUGGAUAAAACAUGUUUUUGUAUUAUUUAUUAUGCUAUUUAAUCGUGUUGAGAGU